AUGGAAUCUCUCGUAUAUGAGAACUCGCCUCUGGCCGAUUAUCUCCAAGGGGCCGGAGAACAUGAUCCAAAUUGGCCAGUUCAGGAAACCGAUCAUAACGAUGACGCAUCCGACUCGACAGCUGCGGAUUUUGCCCCGCGAGGCGCGUCCAAAUUCCGAGAACGAAUUCGGAGCAAACUCCCCAAACCACUCGACCUCAAAUCUUCCCGUCAUCGUGCCCUUCUCCUUCGGCUCUACGAUGCUUGCAUGGACGCCUUGAAUGCCCGCGUCGGACGAAGUGACAAUGAACGAUUCUUGGAACAAUUUGGCUAUGUGAUUGUCGCAUCGCAGUUGCUGAAUGAGCAUAAUGCUCCGUCUUACACAUCGGCCGCCGACAUCCUGGCCAACUCUCACCCUGUUGACCUCCCUUCAAUCUCGACAACGUUCGGCUUGCAGGGUGCAGUCGUCACCGCGUCCACAUCCUUCUCCAUCGCCUGGCUAUUACACUGGAGUCGCUCGCGCACAGGAUCCGGGCUGAACCCUCGGAAGGUUGGCGUCUUGUUGGUCCUUGUCCCGGUGAUCGGGGUUCUCUUCUACGCUUUUGCGAAACGGCAAUGGCUGAAGUACCUGCGGCAUCAGGCAGUCGAAGCCGCCGUAUCGUUCAUUGGCAAUGCUCAAGGAUUUGACUCGGCUGCUUCCGCAUCGGUUGUCUUCAUACAGGAGGUUGAGCUGGUGUCCAGAGGUUAUCGCAUAAGUACCCCUUUGCCGCCGAUCUCGAGGCUCGAGGAUCAGGCCCAAACCCGCCGCUGCCUGCGACUACGUCGCACCGUGUCCGAAUGCUUCUAUUCAAUGCUAGGACGCUACAUUCGCGCACAACACAUUCUCCAGCCUCUGACGAACCAUGCUGAUUUGGCCAAAUACUACGAUAUUUACGACAUCGCCGAAGCGGAUCUCGCAGAGGUCGAGUCUGCCUUUGCUCAACGGGCCACCGAAGACCAAUAUUCACUGCGUGCUCUCCGAACCCUCUUUGGACGGCUCUAUAUCGUCCGAAAGAGCGUCCUCUGCUGUCUUCUCGCUCUUGGCGCUGAUGGUGGCGGCUCUGAUAUUUCCAGGUGGAGCGUUGCUCUGGAACAAAUGCGGGACAUGGCCUUUGUUACGGGAGAGAACACCCAGAAGAUGACGAGCAUCCUCAAUGAGGAAGACCGCGAUGUCAUCCCCCCGUCUCCACUGCCAACUGCCUCUCCCAACAGGGAGAAUCUUCGCUCGCAAUACCGGAAGCUCAACUCUCUUUCCCAAGGAAUUCGCGCCUUACACGCCAAAAUGCAUGUGAUUAAAGAGCUGUCGAGCGCUGAUGUUGAGCGAACAGACUCGGGCGACCUCGAGGCAACCCUUCUUUCCCAAUACGAGUCUAUCGGGGCCGAUAUCAAGGGUUUACUCGAUGAGUGGGAAGCCGGUAAAUCCGCACUAACAAAUAGCUUCGAAAGACAAACGGCCAUGGACCGUCUUUCGCGGCCACCAAGUGGAAUGAAGUCACCCUUGUCUCCAACACCGAGCUUGGGCGGCGCCACAGCGGUUGAAGGCAGUCCUGCCGAUGCUCUGAAGGCACUGAAUGGCGAGCGGCCGGAUUCGAGCAUCUUCCAGAGCCUCGAGGAGGAUGAGGAGAUCUUUGAAGCUGUGGCUCCUCCGUCCCGAAAUAAGAGGUCAUCGUUGACUCGCGAGGAGCGCAUUGCCCGCGUCAGGGAGGACCGAGCAAAGCAAGCUGCGGCGAGAGACCGCCUUGACGCGAAUACCAACAUGCUCAAGGAGCUCGAGAUGGUGAUCAAGCAGCGACCGAAGACGACUGCUUCCAAACGUGUCACGAGCAUAUAG